AUGCUGAACAAGGGAGAGCGACUGCUGCAGGUACAUCAGACGGAGAUUGAACAGCUGCAAAAAAGGGACAAACUUUCUGCACAGCCAGCAGUGCAGCAAGCUAAAGAGGUCGGAGAAGAGCUGAAGGCCCUCCUGGAAGCGGCGGCUCUCCGCAUGCAUUCUAUUACCGGCAUAGCGAGUGCCGAAGAAUCUGCUCAAGGCGUAUGGGGUCAGAAAACAAUUGAUGCAAUGGCUUCACGGGCAAGACAGGAUGUCAAAGCAACAAGCAAGAGAGUGACAAACAUCCUAGCAAGAGUACAGUUAGGGCAGCUCUUUCUUCCUCAACCGGAUACGACACAAAUACAUAAGCAGGAAGGCGUUGAGACGAAGACAAUCGUUAACCCUACUGUGCUGAAGCUGGUGACGGAGUCGCUUCAACAACUCAGAGAUAACAUCACAGCCGUGGCCGUGUCCCUCAACCUUUCCAGUGAGGCAUCUGAAACUAAAACAGGGUUGGCAGCUGCUGCUCAAAGGGCAACUGUCGCUGCAAAGGAACUCGCCGAGAAGGCGGAGAUGUUGUUGUUGCGUGCACAGUUCUUGGAGUCUCUUGAGCUUGAUUUGCAACUGAGCAGCAGGUUGGCUCAAAGAGCAGCAGCAUUGGCCGGAGCAGGAGCCGAGGAUAUUCAACAGGCAAACCAGGUGUCAGUCGAGCUUCCUGCCCCCCAAAAGAAGCAGGUGGGCCUCCUGUUGCAUCAGGUGAACACGACCAAGGCUAAAGCCAUGUCGCAGUGGACUUUGGUGGACCUUGUGAAAACAGCAGCGACAAUGAAGGGGGCAGGCUUGGGUCUCGCAUUGACGGUAUGGGCGCACCAGCUGGACUCAACCCUUCGAACUAAACAAUGA